AUGUCUAGCCCAUCAUCAAGGAGUAGUUCUGGUGAUAUCGUGGAUGGAGCCUCGGAUGCUGAGCCACAUCUGGCAUACCACUCCUUGCCCACAUCCUCCUCUCACCAGCUCAGUGAUGAGGUGCCUACUAAGAAGUCCAGGUCUGCUGCGGACCUACGUAGAUCACAG